AUGUCCGAAGGUGACAGCAACCCUCCUCAGCCUGCUGUGCCCGAGGCGCACGAAGUCGACACCUACCAUGUGCCCAAGGCUUUCUUCAGCAAGGGAACCGGAAAAGCGCAUCUGAAAGACCUCGAUCACUAUCACGAAUUAUACAAACACUCGAUUGACGAUCCUCAUGCUUUCUGGGCCAAGCUUGCUCGAGAACUUUUAACCUUUGAGAGGGACUUUCAAACGGUACACAGCGGGUCCCUGACCAAUGGCGACAAUGCUUGGUUUGUUGAAGGACGCCUGAACGCUUCCUACAACUGUGUCGACCGUCAUGCAUUUAAGAACCCCAACAAGGCCGCAAUCAUCUACGAGGCUGAUGAGCCAAGUGAGGGCCGCACCAUCACUUAUGGCGAACUGCUGCGAGAAGUCUGCAGAGUCGCCUAUGUCCUCCAACAGAUGGGCGUCAAGAAGGGUGACACUGUGGCCAUCUACCUCCCCAUGAUUCCAGAAGCCAUCAUUGCUUUCCUAGCAAUCACCCGGAUAGGCGCUAUACACUCUGUUGUCUUCGCCGGGUUUUCAUCCGAUUCGCUGAAGGAUCGUGUCAUCGAUGCCCGGUCCAAGGUUGUUAUCACUGCUGAUGAGGGUAAGCGUGGGGGGAAACUGAUAGGCACCAAGAAGAUUGUUGAUGAAGCAUUAAAGAAAUGCCCCGACGUCAAACACUGUUUGGUAUACAGGCGCACCGGUACUGAGGUUCCAUGGACGGAGGGUAGGGAUUUCUGGUGGCACGAGGAGGUUGAGAAAUGGCCCAACUAUAUCGCACCAGAGUCCAUGAGUUCGGAAGAUCCCCUUUUCCUACUGUACACCUCCGGCUCAACGGGCAAGCCGAAGGGCGUCAUGCACACCACGGCCGGCUACCUCGUUGGAGCUGCAGCCACUGGAAAAUAUGUGUUCGAUAUCCACGACGAUGACGUGUUCUUCUGUGGUGGUGAUGUCGGUUGGAUCACAGGACAUACGUAUGUUGUGUAUGCGCCGUUGCUCCUCGGUGUGGCGUCGGUCGUCUUCGAGGGCACACCUGCCUAUCCCAAUUUCUCGCGAUACUGGGAGGUUAUUGACAAGCAUAAUGUUUCUCAAUUCUACGUUGCACCGACCGCCCUCAGACUGCUCAAGCGCGCCGGUGAUGAGCAUAUAAAGUCUGAAAUGAACAACCUGAGAGUCCUUGGGUCAGUCGGUGAACCAAUUGCAGCCGAGGUGUGGAAGUGGUACCAUGAAAAAGUCGGCAAAGAGGAAGCGCACAUUGUCGACACAUACUGGCAGACCGAGACCGGUUCACAUGUCAUCACUCCCCUCGCCGGCAUCACCUCCACCAAGCCUGGUAGUGCUUCUCUCCCAUUCUUCGGGAUAGAGCCUGCAAUCAUCGACCCGGUAUCUGGAGAAGAACUGAAAGGAAACGAUGUCGAAGGUGUCCUCGCUUUCAAGCAGCCAUGGCCAAGCAUGGCGAGAACGGUCUGGGGAGCACACAAGAGAUACAUGGACACAUACCUGAAUGUCUACAAAGGAUUCUACUUCACCGGCGACGGCGCCGGCCGCGACCACGAAGGCUACUACUGGAUCCGCGGCCGCGUCGACGACGGGGUCAACGUGUCGGGCCACCGCCUCUCGACCGCGGAGAUCGAAGCGGCGCUGAUCGAAUCACCGCUGGUAGCCGAAGCAGCCGUGGUCGGCGUCCACGACGACCUCACCGGCCAAGCCGUCAACGCCUUCGUCGCGCUCAAGGACCCGAGCCAGGACAACGACCAGACCAAGAAGGAUCUCAUCCUCCAGGUGCGCAAGAGCAUCGGCCCCUUCGCCGCCCCCAAGGCCGUCUUCGUCAUCCCCGACCUCCCCAAGACGCGCUCCGGCAAGAUCAUGCGCAGGAUCUUGAGGAAGAUCCUGAGCGGGGAGGAGGAGAGUCUCGGCGAUACGAGCACGCUCAGUGAUCCCGCUGUGGUGGAUAAGAUUAUCGAGCGGGUUCAUGCGGUGAGGAGGACGUAG